AUGGUCUUCCGACGAGGAGUCCCGCUUCCUCGAGUCCCCGAACACCUGAAGCAGGCAGAGGCAGUACCGGAGGGACACGCCGACCUUUCGAGCGUCGUGACCAAGCUCGCCAUCUUCACGCUGGCCAUGGUCCUCCUCCCCAUCGGCACCUAUUACCUAACGCGGGACUUUCUCUUCGGCCCCCAAAACCUCACCUACCCAGCCAUCGCAGCCGUAACAGUCGCCAACCUGAUCCUGGUCGGAUUCGUGUAUGUCGCGUUCAGGGAGGACCAGGUAGAGCAGGAUCGCGAGAGGGAGGAGAAGAGGAGGGCUUUGGGCAAAGUUGGGGCGGGAAGCACAGCGGGAGCGGCGAAGGUGGGCGAGGUGAGGAGGAAGGGUGGGAAGGCGGAGUAG